UUCACCUCCAGUGAACUUAUUAAUCAUAUUAUAAGCAGCAUUGUCAUGACAAUCAAGCCUCACUAACAGUUUCUUGAAUUUCAUUUGCUGAAAUUAUUUCAAUUAAAAAAAAUAUGAUUUGCUGUUGCAUACAACCAAUCAAGUAGAAGUAUAGCUUCAUUUCCAAAGAAAAACACUUAGUUCUUACUCUCUAAAUGAUAUUUGUGAUAGUGUAUCUAUAAGUUAGUCCAUAUGACAGCUAGAGAAUUAUCAACUGUGGAGAUUGUGGAUAUUGAACAAUCAAAUGAAAGGAAUCCUGAGCCACGUUGGGAACCAGAUGAGGAAGGUAUUGGUGCAGGAGGUGUCAUACUGUUCAUUCUCAUAACCAUACUAUUUAUUUGUACCUUUCCAAUAACAAUAUUUUUUGCAAUUCGUACAGUCAAAACAUAUGAAAGAGCUAUUAUUUUACGUUUUGGUCGUUUAAAACGAUCUGGUGGGAAAUAUGUUUUAGGUGCAGGAUUACAGUUUGUCAUGCCGUGCGCAGAUCAAAUGAUUCGCAUAGAUUUGCGUACAAAGACUGUGAACAUACCACCACAAGAGAUAUUGACAAGUGAUGCAGUUACUGUUGGUGUAGAUGCUGUUGUAUUCAUGCGUGUGAUCGAACCAGCUGCAGCUUUAUUACGAGUUGAAAAUGCAACCAAAUCAGCCGAGCUACUUGCAGUUACAGCCUUGCGUUCAGUAUUGGGAACAUAUGAAUUAUCUCAAUUAUUGACAAAUCGUGACCAAAUUGAUUCCAAGCUGGCCAUUUUACUUGACCAGGCUACAGGUGAAUGGGGAAUUAAGGUAAAAAAGCCAAGCCAUUGCUUGUUUAUUUAUUGUUUGGUUUAUUAAUAUUUGGAAUUUUAUAUCAAUCCGAAUUAUCUUAUCAAAGGAAUUAACAUGAAUGAUAUUAGUUUCCUCACUGUUGUCAAGUAAUUUUCAAAUAAAGUAACUGACUUCUUUCAAUUCCACCGUUAUUGUUUUAUUCUUCACCUGAUCAAAGUUAUCAGGAGAAUAAGCUGUACAAAAUCCUAAAAAACUAGCUUAAAAGCAUAAUAAAUCC